AUGGCGGCAGUGGUUCCAUCCAGCUUAACAGCCAGUGCCGGCGUGCCUUUUGGAGGUGAUGAACAACCGCCUACACCUCGAGUGACCUUGACGAGGUCUGAGAAGAAUAGCCCAUCGCCCAGCAGUAUCAGCCAUAUGUUUGACAGGAAUUCACCUGCAGAAUACACUCGGGGUAGAGGGUCUGCCCAUCAAGAUAGCAUAAAAAAAGAUGUGGAGAGAGUCCUGCAAAGAUCACCGCCUCAAACUGACUUGGGGAAAUAAUCUCAAGAUGUGCCAGGUUAGUGAUCUUAUUCCUGAAAGAAAUUACAUACUAGAAGAUAUCCAGACUGUAUGUUCUCCAUUGUUUCACUGUACUGGCUAGUACUUUAUUUCUUAGCAGUUUGAUUGAAAUGUGUGUUAUUUUUAAGGAAUUUCUAAAAUAAUUUAUAUUAUAUGAUACUAAUAAUACUCUAUAUACACAGUGAUUCAAAUAGCCUGUUGUGUAUGUGUUUUCAGAGAGGAGUGAACCCCUCAGUAUAUCCAGUCCCAGUGUGGAGCUCUCCGUGACCAGCAGUGGAAGUGACCUGUCCAUCUCGCUGACUGAGUCUGACCUGGCUGAGGUACCAAAGGUGCCAGGGAAUGUGGUCUAUGUAGACGGCCAUAGCAGGAGGACACAUCCCACCAGGCCCACCAGAGGAGUGCUACACCCAGGGAGAGUGAUCUCCACAGCAUCAGCAUACACAGUCAAGAAACACUUGACACUCCAGAGCCUAGGAACAGACCUGAACCAAGUAGAUAAUCCACGUCUUCAGAAAUACCAUCGGAGAGGUAUGUAUGAGCUAUGUACAUUACAUUUCGGUUUUGUGAAGUGUUACAUUAUACUGGAAAUAACGUCAGCUGUCAAUUAAUUUGAAUAAAUUCAAUUGAGGCAACCCCUUAUCUCAGCCAUCAUAACAAACACUGUUCUUUUAAUUUUUGAUAGCUAUCUGUUUAAUUCGGGCAGUUUAUUGUUGAGUGAAUUAGGGGCAUGCUAAAGCAAAGCUACAGCUCUACUUUAGGAUGUUCCAGAGUGUCUAAACUGAACUGGGCUGCAGGAUAAGUAGGUUGCACUGGGGAUUAUGCUCAAGACAGUUGACUUGUGCCACAUCUGCAGCUGACAGAGAGGAUGAUGGGAGUCACACUCCACGCGACCCACUGCACUCAGUGCAGCUCAACAGCAGGGGCCUUAGCCUCAGCGCAACUUGUAGGGAGGGUUAAGGACCUGUGACAAACAUUAUUGCCAUAAUCCAAGAUAAUGCUGUAACCAAGCAAUUUUCUGCUUGAGAGACCUCAGGAAGUCCGAGUGGAGGAGGAUAUUUGUGGCUCCAUAGAGUGUUCUGGAGGGUGGGCAUGUGGACAGGCACUCACACUAAGAAAUCUAGCACUUGGUGUCCUCUGAUUUCAAGGAUUGCUUGUGAUGGAUUGCACUGUGAAGGUAGUGUGCAUUUCCGUCCAUCAAUCCAGACCUUUACUGUCCUCUGAAAAAGUCUGAUUGUAGGCUGUAGACCUAGCUGUAAUAAACAGCUUUCCUCUAUAUGUGUUAUGCUAGUUCUCAGUAUACUGUAUGUGUUGGUAGACUAGUAACUGUUGGGGGGUGAAACUCAAAAGUAUAUGUACAGGCCUUCUUCUACAAUUGAUUAAAUUAAUGUGUUUCCUCAUCAAUCUACACACAAUACCCCAUAAUGACAAAGCGAAAACACGUUUUUAGAAUUUUUUUCAAAUUUCUUAAAAAAAAAAAACAGAAAUACCUUAUUUACAUAAGUAUUCAGACCCUUUGCUAUGAGACUCAAAUUGAGCUCAGGUGAAUCCUGUUUUCAUUGAUCAUCCUUGAGAUGUUUCUACAACUUGAUUGGAGUCCACCUGUGGUAAAUUCAAUUGAUUGGACAUGAUUUGGAAAGGUACACACCUGUCUACAUAAGAUGCCACAGUUGACAGUGCAUGUCAGAGCAAAAACCAAGCCAUGAGGCAGAAGGAAUUGUCCGUAGAGCUCCAAGACAAAUCAAAUCAAAUCAAAUCAAAUUUUAUUGGUCACAUGCGCCGAAUACAACAGGUGCAGACAUUGCAGUGAAAUGCUUACUUACAGCCCUUAACCAACAGUGCAUUUAUUUUAAACAAAAAAAGUAAGAAUAAAACAACAACAACAAAAAAGUGUUGAGAAAAAAAGAGCAGAAGUAAAAUAAAGUGACAGUAGGGAGGCUAUAUAUACAGUAAAAUAAAGUGACAGUAGGGAGGCUAUAUAUACAGGGGGGUACCGUUGCAGAGUCAAUGUGCGAGGGCACCGGCUAGUUGAGGUAGUUGAGGUAAUAUGUACAUGUGGGUAGAGUUAAAGUGACUAUGCAUAAAUACUUAACAGAGUAGCAGCAGCGUAAAAAGGAUGGGGUGGGGGGGCAGUGCAAAUAGUCUGGGUAGCCAUGAUUAGCUGUUCAGGAGUCUUAUGGCUUGGGGGUAGAAGCUGUUGAGAAGUCUUUUGGACCUAGACUUGGCACUCCGGUACCGCUUGCCGUGCGGUAGCAGAGAGAACAGUCUAUGACUAGGGUGGCUGGAGUCUUUGACAAUUUUGAGGGCCUUCCUCUGACACCGCCUGGUAUAGAGGUCCUGGAUGGCAGGGAGCUUUGCCCCAGUGAUGUACUGGGCCGUACGCACUACCCUCUGUAGUGCCUUGCGGUCAGAGGCCAAGCAGUUGCCAUACCAGGCGGUGAUGCAACCAGUCAGGAUGCUCUCGAUGGUGCAGCUGUAGAAUUUUUUGAGGAUCUGAGGACCCAUGCCAAAUCUUUUUAGUCUCCUGAGGGGGAAUAGGCUUUGUCGUGCCCUCUUCACGACUGUCUUGGUGUGUUUGGACCAUGAUAGUUCGUUGGUGAUGUGGACACCAAGGAACUUGAAGCUCUCAACCUGUUCCACUACAGCCCCGUCGAUGAGAAUGGGGGCGUGCUCAGUCCUCUUUUUUUUCCUGUAGUCCACAAUCAUCUCCUUUGUCUUGGUCACGUUGAGGGAGAGGUUGUUGUCCUGGCACCACACGGCCAGAUCUCUGACCUCCUCCCUAUAGGCUGUCUCAUCGUUGUCGGUGAUCAGGCCUACCACUGUUGUGUCGUCGGCAAACUUAAUGAUGGUGUUGGAGUCGUGCCUGGCCAUGCAGUCAUGGGUGAACAGAGAGUACAGGAGGGGACUGAGCACACACCCCUGAGGGGCCCCCGUGUUGAGGAUCAGUGUGGCAGAUGUGUUGUUACCUACCCUUACCACCUGGGGGCGGCCCGUCAGGAAGUCCAGGAUCCAGUUGCAGAGGGAGGUGUUUAGUCCCAGGAUCCUUAGCUUAGUGAUGAGCUUAGAGGGCACUAUGGUGUUGAAUGCUGAGCUGUAGUCAAUGAAUAGCAUUCUCACGUAGGUGUUCCUCUUGUCCAGGUGGGAAAGGGCAGUGUGGAGUGCGAUAGAGAUUGCAUCAUCUGUGGAUCUGUUGGGGCGGUAUGCAAAUUGGAGUGGGUCUAGGGUUUCUGGGAUUAUGCUGUUGAUGUGAGCCAUGACCAGUCUUUCAAAGCACUUCAUGGCUACAGACGUCAGUGCUACGGGUCGGUAGUCAUUUAGGCAGGUUAUCUUAGAGUUCUUGGGCACGGGGACUAUGGUGGUCUGCUUGAAACAUGUUGGUAUUACAGACUCAGUCAGGGACAUGUUGAAAAUGUCAGUGAAGACACUUGCCAGUUGGUCAGCACAUGCUCGGAGUACACGUCCUGGUAAUCCGUCUGGCCCUGCGGCCUUGUGAAUGUUGACCUGCUUAAAAGUCUUACUCACAUCGGCUACGGAGAGCGUGAUCACAUAGUCGUCCGGAACAGCUGGUGCUCUCAUGCAUGCUUCAGUGUUGCUUGCCUCGAAGCGAGCAUAGAAGUGGUUUAGCUCGUCUGGUAGGCUUGUGUCACUGGGCAGCUCGCGGCUGUGCUUCCCUUUGUAGUCUGUAAUAGUUUUCAAGCCCUGCCACAUCCGACGAGCGUCAGAGCCAGUGUAGUAUGAUUCAAUCUUAGACCUGUAUUGACUCUUUGCCUGUUUGAUGGUUCGUCGGAGGUCAUAGCGGGAUUUCUUAUAAGCGUCCGGGUUAGAGUCCCGUUCCUUGAAAGCGGCAGCUCUACCCUUUAGCUCAGUGCGGAUGUUUCCUGUAAUCCAUGGCUUCUGGUUGGGGUAUGUACGUACGGUCACUGUGGGGACGACAUCAUCGAUGCACUUAUUGAUGAAGCCAGUGACUGAUGUGGUGUACUCCUCAAUGCUGUCUGAAGAAUCCCGGAACAUGUUCCAGUCUGUGCUAGCAAAACAGUCCUGUAGCUUAGCAUCUGCGUCAUCUGACCACUUUUUUAUUAACCAAAUCACUGGUGCUUCCUGCUUCAGUUUUUGCUUAUAAGCAGGAAUCAGGAGGAUAGAGUUAUGGUCAGAUUUGCCAAAUGGAGGGCGAGGGAGAGCUUUGUAUGCGUCUCUGUGUGUGGAGUAAAGGUGGUCUAGAGUUUUUUUCCCUCUGGUUACACAUUUAACAGGAUUGUGUCGCGACGCAGAUCUGAGGAAGGGUACCAAAAAAGUCUGCAGCAUUGAAGGUCCCCAAGAACACUCCUUCAUUCUUAAAUGGAAGAAGAUUGGAACCACCAAGACUCUUCCUAGAGCUGGCCGCCUGGCCAAACUGAGCAAUCGGGGGAGAAGGGCCUUGGUCAGGGAGGUGACCAAGAACACGAUGGUCACUCUGAGAGAGCUCCAGCGUUUUUCUCUGGAGAUGGGAGAACCUUCCAGAAGGACAAUCAUCUCUGCAGCACUCCACCAAUCAGGCCUUUAUGGUAGAGUGGCCAGACGGAAGCCACUCCUCAGUAAAAGGCAAACGACAGCCCGCUUGGAGUUUGCCAAAAGGCACCUAAAGGACACUCAGACCAUGAGAAACAAGAUUCUCUGGUCUGAUGAACUCUUUGGCCUGAAUGCCAAGCGUCACGUCUGGAGGAAACCUGGCACCAUCCCUACGAUGAAGCAUGGUGGUGGCAGCAUCAUGCUGUGGGGAUGUUUUUCAGCGGCAGGGACUAGGAGACUAGUCUGGAUUGAGGGAAAGAUGAAUAGAGCAAAGUACAGAGAGAUCCUUGAUGAAAACCUGCUCCAGAGCGCUCAGGACCUCAGACUGGGGCGAAGGUUCACCUUCCAAUAGGACAACGACCCUAAGCACACUGCCAAGACUAUGCAUACUCUAUUGCGCUCCACACUGCGCUUUCCCACCUGGACAAAAGGAACACCUACGUGAGAAUGCUAUUCAUUGACUACAGCUCAGCAUUCAACACCAUAGUGCCCUCAAAGCUCAUCACUAAGCUCAGGACCCUGGGACUAAACACCUCCCUCUGCAACUGGAUCCUGGACUUCCUGACGGGCCGCCCCCAGGUGGUAAGGGUAGGUAACAACACAUCUGCCACGCUGAUCCUCAACACAGGGGCUCCUCAGGGGUGCAUGCUCAGUCCCCUCCUGUACUCGCUGUUCACCCAUGACUGCAUGGCCAGGCACGACUCCAACACCAUCAUUAAGUUUGCAGACGACACAGCAGUGGUAGGUCUGAUCACCGACAACGAUGAGACAGCCUACAGUGAGGGAAAAAAGUAUUUGAUCCCCUGCUGAUUUUGUACAUUUGCCCAUUGACAAAGAAAUUAUCAGUCUAUAAUUUAAAUGGUAGGUUUAUUUGAACAGUGAGAGACAGAAUAACAACAAAAAGAUCCAGAAAAACGCAUGUCAAAAAUGUUAUAAAUUGAUUUGCAUUUUAAUGAGGGAAAUAAGUAUUUGACCCCCUCUCAAUCAGAAAGAUUUCUGGCUCCCAGGUGUCUUUUAUACAGGUAACGAGCUGAGAUUAGGAGUACACUCUUAAAGGGAGUGCUCCUAAUCUCAGCUUGUUACCUGUAUAAAAGACACCUGUCCACAGAAGCAAUCAAUCAAUCAGAUUCCAAACUCUCCACCAUGGCCAAGACCAAAGAGCUCUCCAAGGAUGUCAGCGACAAGAUUGUAGACCUACACAAGGCUGGAAUGGGCUACAAGACCAUCACCAAGCAGCUUGGUGAGAAGGUGACAACAGUUGGUGCAGAUUAUUCGCAAAUGGAAGAAACACAAAAUAACUGUCAAUCUCCCUCGGCCUGGGGCUCCAUGCAAGAUCUCACCUCGUGGAGUUGCAAUGAUCAUGAGAACGGUGAGGAAUCAGCCCAGAACGACACGGGAGGAUCUUGUCAAUAAUCUCAAGGCACCUGGGACCAUAGUCACCAAGAAAACAAUUGGUAACACACUACGCCGUGAAGGACUGGAAUCCUGCAGCGCCCGCAAGCUCCCCCUGCUCAAGAAAGCACAUAUACAGGCCCGUCUGAAGUUUGCCAAUGAACAUCUGAAUGAUUCAGAGGAGAACUGGGUGAAAGUGUUGUGGUCAGAUGAGACCAAAAUGGAGCUCUUUGGCAUCAACUCAACUUGCCGUGUUUGGAGGAGGAGGAAUGCUGCCUAUGACCCCAAGAACACCAUCCCCACCGUCAAACAUGGAGGUGGAAACAUUAUGCUUUGGGGGUGUUUUUCUGCUAAGGGGACAGGACAACUUCACCGCAUCAAAGGGAUGAUGGACGGGGCCAUGUACCAUCAAAUCUUGGGUGAGAACCUCCUUCCCUCAGCCAGGGCAUUGAAAAUGGGUCAUGGAUGGGUAUUCCAGCAUGACAAUGACCCAAAACACACGGCCAAGGCAACAAAGGAGUGGCUCAAGAAGAAGCACAUUAAGGUCCUGUAGUGGCCUAGCCAGUCUCCAGACCUUAAUCCCAUAGAAAAUCUGUGGAGGGAGCUGAAGGUUCGAGUUGCCAAAUGUCAGCCUCGAAACCUUAAUGACUUGGAGAAGAUCUGCAAAGAGGAGUGGGACAAAAUCCCUCCUGAGAUGUGUGAAAACCUGGUGGCCAACUACAAGAAACGUCUGACCUCUGUGAUUGCCAACAAGGGUUUUGCCACCAAGUACUAAGUCAUGUUUUGCAGAGGGGUCAAAUACUUAUUUCCCUCAUUAAAAUGCAAAUCAAUUUAUAACAUUUUUGACAUGCGUUUUUCUGGAUUUUGUUGUUGUUAUUCUGUCCCUCACAGUUCAAAUAACCCUACCAUUAAAAUUAUAGACUUAUCAUGUCUUUGUCAGUGGGCAAACGUACAAAAUCAGCAGGGGAUCAAAUACUUUUUUCCCUCACUGUAUAGGGAGGAGGUCAGAGACCUGGCCGUGUGGUGCCAGGAUAACAAGCUCUCCCUCAACGUGAUCAAGACAAAGGAGAUGAUUGUGGACUAAUAUUGCUCCCAAGAGGCUGACCCUUUCCUCCCUACUAACAAUAUACUCCUGAUGAUGUCGAGACUCCGAGACACACACAGCUUCACCAAAACGUGUGGUUUGAGACCUCGCGAUGAAGCACUUACAACAAUACGGCGAGGUUUGGUGCACACAACACAUUCACUUUUCUUUUGUAAAAAGGUCCCUUUUUGAAGAGCACUGACAAAUAACGUGGAGAGAAAGAUGAUAACUAUGAGAGGGGGGGGCAGAGGUUUUGCCCAAGCUACUUCAGUUGCAUUGAAGAGGACUUAGUGCAGAUGGAUGGUGCACUACAGAAUGCCAUGGAUAUAAUUCAAGCUGCCAGCUUAAUCAGGAUGUUACCAGGAAACAACCUGCAAAAAGGAAGGAGCAAUUGUUUGCUGACCCCUAACCCCUAACCCCAGAGCCCAUUAUAGAUUGUCAUAAAUUAUUUUUGCCCCUUUUAUGUUGGGUGGCUCAGGAUUUCAGCUGGGGUUUCUGGGGAAUUCAAUGAGGGCCACCCAGAGCUGAAUACUGAGGAAAGAAAUGUUCCCAAAAUCCACAUGCAUUAGGCAUCCGUUUCUCAUAGCCUCACAUGGACAGAUUAAAGUGUACAUCUCCCACCAAAAGAAAUAAUCUUUGGGUUUUUUCUUGUUGGGACUCGGAGGUUGGGCUAUGUUAGCUGUCCAAAUUUGGUUGAAACUGGUAUUUUGUAUAAUAGGUUUAUGAGUCCAUGUGUUUUUUCCAGGCCCUAAAGUAGAUUUUGAGCCAGGCACCUUUUGUUAUAUUGAAAUGGCAUGACUUUUAUGUAAGUUAUGAACCAGUUUUGCUCUGUUUAUAACCCCUCUGUUUACUAGUUGACUUUUAAUGUUUCCAGUGCUGAGGCACUUUAUUUUCCUGCCUGGUACUCUACAUAAAUUUACAUUGAAUUGAAUGUUUGUGCCCAUCUCUGACAUUGGUUUACAUGUCAAUUAAUGCAAAAGCUACCAUAGUACCUUGAUCUCUUACACACACACAUCAGUACAUUCCUGUUACACCUACACCUCAAGUACAAGCAGACCUUGAAUACCAAGGUGAAAUCAUAUUCACUGGAAAAAUCUGUGAACGCAAAUAUGGAGCAAAUCCAUCAGGCAUUUUGUCUCUGUGUGUUAAUUUGACAUGUAUGUUCUUUCAGGCUAUCCAUGGAGGGAUUCUUCCAUCUACUGGAGAGCAUCGAAUAACUAUUCCACAGAGGAGAAAGAAAUGUGUACUGGGUCUCAUUAGUUGGUGAUAGCAAACACAACAAAGUGGUCAGUUAAGCUGUUUCCGUCAUUAGAAAUUAUAUUGGUCUUAAAUUUGGCUGCAAUUCCUUUCAUUAUCAACUAGUGUUUGUGGAUCUGGAGGAAAAUGUAUUAUCAUGCCGCCAAGGGCUCUCACUUUAAAUUAAGUGUCAUCACUUGGCACAAACAACGCUCUUGCAACACAUCUUGGUUUCUAAGGGUUUUUGAAAGAAAUUGUAUUGUCAUAGUAACCACCACUUUGCAGCUGAAUCAUGGUUCUUCUGGCUUUUGGGAGUCAGGUAAAUUCACUGGCUGUCACGCCCUGGCUCUGGGGACGCUGGUAUAUUGAGCCAGGGUGUGAGUGUUCUUUAUGUUUUGUGCUCGUUGUGUCCGUUCUAGUUGUUGUAUUUCUAUGUUGGCCAGAGUGGUUCUCAAUCAGAGGCAACGAGUGUCAGCUGUUGCUGGUUGUCUCUGAUUGGGAACCAUAUUUAGACAGGCUGUUUUCCCACAGUGGUUGUGGGAUCUUGUUCCAGUGUGGUUUGUGUUAGACCGUGGACGUCACGUUAUCGUUUGUUGUUUUGUUCGUGUAAUUCACUAAUAAAAAAGUAUGUUCGCAUUCAACGCUGCGCCUUGGUCCUCUGUUCCCGACGAUCGUGACACUGGCUAUGUGGCAUUUGAAACAAAAGUUACCACUUGUCUAAUGAUAUUCUAUUUGUGUACACGAUAAAAAAAAAAUUUUUAAUCAAUAAUUGUUUGCCAUCGAAAGCAGGGAAGGAAACAACAUGCCCAACAUCUUGCCCAAUUAUGUCCUUUUUGCCAGAAUGAUCAGAACUACUGUCACCUAGUUGUCAGCUAGUGAGUUGUGAGUGUUAGUCCUGCCGUGGCCUUUGCCAUGUGUUUGCUGUGUGUGGUGUGACUCGUCCCUAACGUGGGGUGUACAGAGAACAGCUGCUGUGCUCUAUACCCCUGACCUGUGGGCUGCUGGACUGAGCCCCGGGUUCCAUGGCGAUGGCUCACUCCCCUCUAUAUAUUCUGCAGCCUUUGUAACGCCAGGGAAGGCUUGAAUGGAGAGGACCUUGAUGCAUUUGGAGCAGUCGUCCUUCAUCAGCUUCAGAGGUUGUCAUAGACCAUGAUAAAAGGGAUGCCUGUUACCCAAAGAGAUAGUUAGCUUUAACUGGUCGACCACCGAGCCCAGGAAAAUAAGGUAAGGCUUCUGUGAACUGUGCACCAGAUAAUUCUUUUUGAUGUCACUGUUUUUGAAAAUUAUAUUUAUCAUUUGAUGCAUUCUGGUAGGUGAGGCAGUUAAAAUGAUCUUCAGGUUCAUGCUGGUCAGCACAGUAAUGUUAUGACCCUUUGAAAUGAAGCCUUCAUGUACAGGAUGUUUCUUUCUUUGUGUCCUUGUUAUUUUUUCUAGAGAAAAUUAUGAUUGCUUUUGAUAUUAUUUUUUGAUCAUUAUUCAAGAUGGCAAAUAUGUGCAUUAAGACCAUUGGUAGAAAAAAGCUUCAAUUGGUCUUGCUGUUUCAGGGUCCCUCUGUAUUAUAUUUGCUCAAUCUUGCACCAAGCCUGAGUGAAUCAAAAUGGGGACAUUUUGAACUCUCUGUUCCUGUAAUAAAUGUGAGCUAUAAUAGAGUCAUUCAGACCAGAGAUAUCAGUGCUCUACAAGUGACCUAGUUCAAUAGACCAAUCUUACCGUCAAAAUGAAAAGUGAACCGAUUCAAAGAUGAAUCCACUUCAGACAAAGAGCAGAUUAGUUCCUGUGUGUUUUUCUUGACAGUUUGACUAGAGUUCAGAUGAGGGGGGGAGAACACAUUUAGAACAGGUUGAGAUUGGAUCGAAUGGCCGUGAACUGGUCUCCAUUCUCCACAAAUGUGAAGGUCAUUUGUGUAACCUCCAGCAGUAGCCUAACUCUAUGUGUGUGAAUGUCAUGAGCAAAUUAAAUGCCCUAUCUGUGACUGGUUUCUUUUGAAAAUGAGGAGCUACACAUUGAACCAUAGCUCCAAGCUCUGCUAUGCCUGAAUACUUCAUUGAUUUCAGAAAGACCUUUUCUGCUCACGUGUAUUCAGGCAAAAAUAAAGAAUCCUGAGAUGUUUUAAACCCUACUGUGGUUGCUUGACUUUUUCUCAGUAUGUAGCCAACUUAUGUGUCGUUAGGUUAACUUCCAUUCACAAUUAUAAAUUAAGUUCCCAUUCUUUUCAAUAUAUCAAGAUGUCAAACUAUUCCACUUUUCCUUUGUGUGUACCAUGUGUUUUUCUUUGCAUCUACAAGGAUUUUCACCAUACAUGCAUGAAUGAGCCGAAAACAUGAAGAACAUGAUGGUUUAUAUUUGUGAAGUGUUUACAGUAUAUGGAUACAUUCUCUCACUGUAAGGAAAUAUGUUUAUGUUGUAUCUUACUAUGGUACAUAUUCAUUCAGACAACAAGCCUGUGUUCCUCCCUCACGAUGCUGUGUGUCUCCACCCCUGUCCUCCACUCUGCAGCUCCUGUCUCCCCCCUGAUGCUGCUCCUCUGUGGGAUCGCUGGUUCAAGCACGCCCUUCUGCUGAAGGACCACCAUGUCCUCACCACCAAGCGCCUCGUCCAGCUGUUCACUCCACUGCUGCUAUAG